UCCGGGAGGAGCCCCGCCGCCGGUGGGAGGGGAGGCGGCUCACCUGCGCCCGGGCCCGGGCCCCGCCCGCGGACGGCGGUUGCACCGGCCCGGCCCGGGGUCCGGCUUCCCGCAGUCACGUGGGUGCAGCCGGGUGCACCUGAGCCUCGGGCAGCGUCUGGGGUGUGGCCUCCUCGGUGACCUGGGCACCCAGGAGCCGGGCACCUGUCUGCAAGGACAAGUCCACCAUGCCGGAAGUCAGAGACCUGUCGGAAGCCUUGCCGGAGACGUCCAUGGACCCCAUCACCGGAGUUGGGGUGGUGGCCUCCCGGAACCGGGCCCCAACGGGCUACGACGUAGUGGCGCAGACGGCAGACGGCGUGGACGCUGACCUCUGGAAGGACGGCCUGUUCAAGUCCAAGGUCACCAGAUACCUGUGCUUCACCAGAUCGUUUUCCAAAGAAAACAGCCACUUAGGGAACGUGCUGGUGGACAUGAAGCUCAUCGACAUCAAGGACACGCUGCCCGUGGGCUUCAUCCCGAUCCAGGAGACCGUGGACACACAGGAAGUGGCCUUUAGGAAGAAGCGGCUGUGCAUUAAGUUUAUCCCGCGGGACUCCACGGAAGCGGCCAUCUGCGACAUCCGGAUCAUGGGCCGGACCAAGCAGGCGCCCCCUCAGUACACGUUCAUCGGGGAACUGAACAGCAUGGGCAUCUGGUACCGGAUGGGCCGAGUUCCAAGGAACCACGACUCAUCUCAGCCCACAACACCUUCCCAGUCGUCGGCCGCUUCCACCCCCGCCCCCAGCCUUCCCAGGCACAUCUCCCUGACGCUGCCAGCCACCUUCCGGGGCAGGAGCAGCACGCGGGCGGACUACGAGUACCAGCACUCCAACCUGUACGCCAUCUCAGCAAUGGAUGGAGUGCCCUUUAUGAUUUCAGAGAAGUUUUCUUGUGUUCCGGAAAGUAUGCAGCCCUUUGACCUGCUGGGGAUCACCAUCAAGUCUCUGGCGGAGAUCGAGAAAGAGUACGAGUACAGCUUCCGCACGGAGCAGAGCGCCGCCGCCCGGCUGCCGCCCAGCCCCACGCGCUGCCAGCAGACCCCCCCGUCCUGAGGCCCGGGGCCCGGCCGCCUCCGGGGAGAGGACCACCGCCGGUGCCCGCCUCGCCGCCCCUGCCCCCUCACUGCCCGGCCGGGGGCGACCGGGCAGCCGAGCUCCGCCGGUCCUCAGCCGGCCCGACGUGACCCCGCCCGGGACAGCGUGACCUGACUAACCUGUGUGUGCCGCCUGCCGCUCCGGCGUGUCCUCACCGAGCCCUCGCCGGGCACAGUGACCCCUUCCCGCCGGGCGGCUCUGCACAGGCUCCACGGCCCCGAGGACCGCUGCUCCCGCCGGACUCCGAGCGGGACUCGCACUGGAUCCCCCGGGACGCCUGAGGUUGGGGCCGUGUGCCCGGUGCUCCCCGCUCCCCCACACCCCCAUCCCCCCAAGGGCUCGUCCUGCGGAGCCCACGUGCCAUCACGGUGCCAACUGCCUCUGCCGGUGCCGGCCCCCAGGGGCCGCCCUCGGCCUCCGCAUCCUGCCGGCCCCGCUCACAGGACCAUCAUCAACAUCCGUCCGACCCUGGUCUGACUCCUGCCCCCAGCGCUGGGGGCACGGCACCCUGUGGGUUCACCGCGACGCCCGUCUGCCUGGGAGUGGUGCUGCCGCCUCUCGCCCCAGGCCCUGCCCAUCGGGGGGGUCACAGGAGGCUGGGCUUUGGACAGAGGUUUGGGGUGCGUCUGGGCCGGGCAGGCAGCACGGGAGCCACCCCAGGGACAGGGCCCCCUGCGGGCCCCGUGGGCACAGGAGCCAGCCCCCAGGCAGGACGCGGGCGGGCGGAGAGCACCUUGCCCGCCUGCCCCGGACCCCCCCUUGGCCUUCUCUGUCACACCUCCCGCGCUGCGGGCACGUGCGGGCGCCUCGCGCCCCAGACUGCGGACACCCGGGAGACGCCGUGCUCCCUCGCGGCCAGUGGGGGGACGUGCUCGGCUGGGGAGCUGGCGGGCUCGGGCGCCGCGGGCAGAGCUGGCUGAGCUGCUGGGGAGCGAGGGAGCCCGUGGCCCGGAAAGCGUGUCCCCUGCUGCUCUGUGGGCGGGCGGCUGUUCACACCGGUGACUGGUGACUGGAUGGCCGACGGGGCUGUCCGCUCCCGUGGUCCGUGGGCCCUGGCCCGGCUGCGAGGUGGCCCCCCAGGGGCACCCCGGCCCCGCCGCUGCCUGGUGCCUCAGCAGCUCCAGGGGCCGGUGCGGGCGUCAGGAGGUUGUGUGGUGGCUUCCAGGCAGCUCCUGACCCUGUGAGGGGGGUGAGGGGAGCAAGCAGGAUGACCGGCUUCCUGGAGGGCACUCCUCUUCACACCCACUGCCGGGGGGGCGGGGGGGGAAGGUACUCGGGAAGGGGAAGGCUGCGGCCCUCCCUUGGCCCCUGCGUCCCCCCAUCCCAAACCGCCCCCCCCCCUCUGAGAAGACUGAGCGAGCACAGCACCCCACCGUCUCUGCCCUCUGACACCGGCCUCUCCGUGGCCUGGACGUGGCCAGCAGAAGCACCUGCUGCAGGUCGUCCUGGGAAUUUUCGAGAAGGCUCCCACCCACCCAAUCCUCCUCAGCCCGAUCCUCCUCCACUGGGUGAGGGAGACGAGGUCAGGCCCCGCUCCGUGGGCGGCUGCCCCCCCGGGCGGCGGGGAAGGACCCGUGGGCCGGACGCUCGCCACGCCUGCCCCCUGGCCGGGCCUCGGCCGGCACAAGCACAUUUCUCCCGUCGCCCCUGGAAGCAGACACACCCGACUCGGACGCUGUUUGCAGUCCGACCGACAGAGCGGCCGGGACUGGCCAAGGCACAGGCUGGUGAGUGGCAGAGACAGGGUUUGGGCAGAGUCUCUGGGCCCCGGAGCCACGGUGCCAGCCCCCCUCCAUAAGCACAUGCCUCGGGCAGGGCCAGCGGGGGGCGCCAGCCGGCCGCCCAUCAUAUGCCAAUCGGCUCUGCGGAGACCCGGGCCCGAGAGCGAGGGCAGGCGGCCGGACAGCGCGCUGAGCAGUCUGACUGCCCGGCCCGCCGUGCCCUCGGCUGGAGGAGGGCUCCCAGCCCCGGCCGCCCGGUGCCCACCGCCUGCGGCCGCCCGCCCGGCCCCGGCCGCCGCGCUGUCACCCCCGAGUGUGGCCACGGCCAGUGCUCGCUCGUAGGAACGUAUUUAUUCGAGGCGACUCCGGUUGACAAAGGGAAGUUUCACUGUGUGAUCGUCUGUCUCCUUAAUGUAAUUUGUUAAAUAAAUGUUCGUUUUAACCUUU